AUGGCCACCGACAACAGGAUUCAUUUCUGGAGGAGAAACCCAAAGGUUCCCGGGAGCUUACAGCCAGUAUAUGGAGCACAGCACCCUCCUCUGGACCCACGCAGACAUCGUCUAUUAAAAGAUGCUCCAAAGGUUAACAGUCUGAACACCAAAUCCAAAAAACCUUCCACUUUCCACGAAUUUGCUCGGAGCACCAAUGAUGCAUGGGACAUUGAUGAUGAAGAGGAUGAUGGUAUUUUUAGUCUUAAACAGCUCUCAUCUUCACCUGUCCAAUCACGAUCCAUGCCUCAAACACCCUGCCUCAAAAUCAUCAAAACCCCAGAAGACACCGAGGCACUGCCCCCCUCACUGGACAGGCAGGAACCAAUCAGCACAAACCCCAUUCAGGAUCGACUGGAUAUGGGAAGCGGUCCAGCCAAUGGCAGGGUGGUAAAGUCCAGUAGCGAAGCCCAGCUCAAUGUUAAUGCAGCUCGUAAUACCCUGCAAAAACAGCAGUCACUUCCUGUGCGGCCCGUUAUCCCAUUGGUUGCCCGCAUUUCGGACCAAAAUGCCUCAGGAGCUCCGCCCAUGAUGGUGAGAGAGAAGACUCGAUUGGAUAAAUUCAAGCAGCUACUUGCCAGUCCCAACACAGAUUUGGAGGAGUUACGGAAGCAUAGUUGGUCGGGAAUCCCUCGUGAAGUUCGGCCAGUCACCUGGAGACUCUUAUCUGGCUAUCUUCCAGCCAAUAGAGAGCGAAGGGAACUGGUUCUCCAGAGGAAGAGGGAGGAGUAUUUUGGCUUCAUUGAACAGUAUUACCACUCCAGAACAGAUGAGAAUCACAGAGACACAUACAGACAGAUUCACAUCGAUAUCCCGAGGACGAACCCUUUGAUUCCUUUGUUCCAGCAGCCGCUGGUGCAGGAGGUGUUUGAGCGGAUCCUGUUCAUCUGGGCCAUCCGUCACCCCGCUAGUGGAUACGUGCAGGGCAUUAAUGAUCUGGUCACUCCCUUUUUUGUGGUCUUCCUCUCUGAAUUCGUGGAGGAAGACGUGGAAAACUUCGAAAUGGCAAGCUUGCCUCUGGAUACACAACGAAACAUUGAGGCCGACAGCUUUUGGUGCAUGAGCAAAUUGUUGGAUGGGAUACAGGACAACUAUACAUUUGCCCAGCCUGGGAUUCAGAAUAAAGUGAAGGCGCUGGAAGAGCUCGUUAGCAGAAUAGAUGAGGAUGUCCACCUGCACUUUCUAAAGUGUGAGGUGGAGUAUCUGCAGUUUGCUUUCCGCUGGAUGAAUAAUCUGCUGAUGCGGGAGCUACCGCUGCGCUGUACCAUUCGCCUGUGGGACACCUACCAGGCGGAGUCGGAGGGAUUCUCCCAUUUUCACCUCUACGUGUGCUCUGCCUUCCUCAUCAAAUGGCGCAAAGAGAUCCUAUCCAUGGUGGACUUUCAGAGCCUGCUAAUGCUCCUGCAGAACCUUCCCACAAUACACUGGGGCAACGAAGAAGUGGGUUUGCUACUGGCGGAGGCCUACAGACUCAAAUACAUGUUCGCUGACGCUCCAAGCCACUACAAGAGAUGAGAACCCGCAAGCGGACCGUGGCGCAACCCUGCAAAGUCCAAACCGCUCUUCUUCACUCCAUUUAAUUUGCACUGCGAAGACAGAGCUCGCCUAUGACGUCAAAUUUGUGUCAUCGUCUGUUACAAUUCACGAUCAAGAAUGAGACGGCUUAAACAACCACUGACAAAACGGAUAUUUUGGAAGAACCUCCCAGAGAUCUUGAUGGCUGACAGUUCAGUUUGCCCGCAGAUGACUCCAGAAGAUAACUGACAGUGAGAUGCCAAGGAACAGAAAGCGGUUAUCAAACUGAAAACAGAAGGACAUGGAAUCCUAGGCUUCCCCGCAUCUUCCUGUAUUUGUUACCUCAGAUGUGGAGCAGCCACCUCUCAUUUUUAUUUCUUGACAGAUCCUCAUUUUUUUUCGUCCUCUCUCGCCACCGUUCUCGUGUUUUGUGUUAUUGGACUGUAAUGUGAUCUCCUUGGCCCUUUUGCUCAUUGCCACAUUGAUUGUACCACACGCAGGUACACGGGUCGAUUCCCGUCCGUAAUCACUCUGCGUUAUUGAAACUCUGCAAUACAUGAAACUAUGGCAGCCGUAAAGGGUCAUUUCUCAAGAGGCGCAGCUGAGCGUUUCAGAUUUGAAGAAUCAAUAUGCAACCGCCUGAGCAAUGUGUUUGGGUUUUUAUGUUGUUGUUU